UGAUAAGCAGGCGAUCUACCACUGAGCUCUACCCUCCCCCCAAGACACAUUACAUUCCAAGAAUGGUUCCACGUGAGAGAGUUGUAUCAUGGCUAUCCCCUAAUUACAGAAAAAUAAAGUUCUGAUAUAACUUUGUUGUGAUUUGAUGACUUUAGGUCACAUCACAGUAUCAGCGUCCCAGUGGUUCAACAAGCCUCAGGAAAACUAUUGCUAGCCAGAGGAAGGGCUGGGUCCCUGCUGGGGCCCUGUGGUGGGGCUUGGUCCUGGAUCCCUCUGACCUGUCUGAUUCUUUGAGCGCAUGGAUGGUGCUACAGGGUCCUUCCCUCGUGGCUUCCAGGGCAGGACACCAGCCUUAUGUGUAGGCUGCAGCAUGCAGUGGCUGGCCUGCUGUGGGUAUUGAGGAAGUAAAUGGAUGCUGACUACUGAAGUCUCUGAGUGAGAUGACAUAACUUUGGGAUUUGCUUUCAAAUACUCCAGUAAUGAAUGAAUGAAAUGAAAUGAAAUAAAGUGGCUGAGGACAUGGAUAAAAGGAGAGUGAAGAAAAAGUUGAUCCUGGUUGAAAUGGGCGAUGGGGGCUCAGGGUGGCCUUCCAUUUUUGUGUGAUUUUAAAAAUUUUUCCACUGAAAAAAAGAAACAAAAACGUGUUGGGGAGGGAAAGCCAGGAAGGCUUGCUAACAGGUUAACAGUUGUACAGGCAUUUAUGGAGUGGAAAUUUUUAAAAGAAGUUUUACUGUUGGGAUGAGAAUAGAGUUGUGAACGUCGGGGAAUUCAGUCCAAGCAAGAAGAGCAGCCCACUGAAUGUACUCGUAUCAAAUACAAUUUAUGUAUGAGUUGUGUUGACAUUAACUAGUUUUAAAAUGUCACUUUGCAUAAACAGCUAAAGCUACUAACUUUGAUUUUUUUUUUUUAGGUUUUAAAAUAUUUUAUAACAAAGGCAUUUUUUUUUCCAGUCUCUAAUUUCCGUCAUCUCUUGCAAAGAUCUCCUGCCCUAGGAAUUUCCCAUAAAAUGGAUAAAAGUGGCCUCAUGUGCUGAGUGGAUGCUUCUGAGAGGAAGCAGCAUAAGAAACGGUUUCUGCUUUUGGGAAAUUUCUCAUCCAGCACCACAUCUUUUCUUUCCUUUCCUUAGGCCAUACCUCUUUCCCAUUGUCGUCCUAAAAAUUCUGUCCUUACUAUCAAUUCUUUUCAUUAUUCUGCUUGGUUCUGACAUCCUCUGUUCAUUCUCUUGAGAACUCUUUAUUAUGGCAAAAGUGUUUUAAGCAAGACAAAAUAGAAUACAACAAUAAUUAUGCUCAUACUUGAAAUCAGAUUCCUAGAGCUCAGGCAUACACGUUCACAUGCCUAGAUAAAAUACUGUGCUAAUUUCUCUGAGUGUUUGUUCUUAGAUGCCUAGCUGUCUUUAUGGAGAUUUUGCCUAAUUUCAUUGAGGCAUACACAGGUCAAUCACCAAUUCACUGAGUACUUACUAGGUGUUUUUUUGGGAAUCACAGAAAGAUGAAUCAGAACGUUCAAUUCUAGGCUGAUAUAAAAAUCUCAAGGAGCAAAGAAAAAUGUAAAGAUAGGGGCCUGCCUGGGGUGGAGGGGAGGGUGUAGCUCAGCAGUAGAGCAAGCACGUGCUUAGCAUGCACAAGGUCCUGGGUUCACGUCCCAGUACCUCCACUAAAAAAUAAAGAUAGAUGUUGAAGAGGUUUUCAUUGCAUCAUUCCUGGCAUGUAAAUAGUUUUCAUCUCAUUUACAGAAUGUUUUGGAAACCUAAGCAACUGACUGUGAGAAAACCGACAAGUGAUUCAGAUGAGGAAGUCCCGCUUUCAUGGAGGAGAAAGUAUUUUAGGAAGAAGAGGAGACCGUCAAAAGACUCUGAAAACCACAAGGACCAGGACAAUAAGCAGACAGUCACAUUCCCCUGUUCCAUAUGCAACCAUGAAAUUGACCUGCCUAGAAUUUUCUUCCAUAAAAAGCAGCACGUGGCCCUGGCCACGCUGGGCUUUCAGUGGAUGGGCGGAAAGAAGCCGGGGCUCUCAGUGAUUGCCACUCAGAGACAGUCCAUCAUCGCUAAGCUGUUGUCAUCUUCUGCAUUCACUGAAAAGACCUUACAGAGCAUUAAUAGUGCUUUCGAGCUACUCCGGAAGAAGCAGAUACCAUCAUACUAUAAGAUUCUUGACAACAUUCCCAAGAGUUCCACAUACUCUCAGAAAAUCUGCCACCUAUUAAUUAAAGGAGCAGCCAUCUGUGAAGACAGGAAUUCUACGUGGAGGGUUGACAUGAACGAUAAGUUCACGAUAGUGAAUAAUUUUGGCAACAAGCCCAACGUGUGUUUUUUUGGUUUGUUUGAUGGCCAUCACGGGGCCUCGGCGGCAGACCUGACAUCCGUGGAAUUCCCAGUUUUACUUCUCCAUCAGCUCUCCACACUUGAUCCUUCCUACCAAAUGACCUCUGACGAGCAAAGCACAAUCGAUUCCUUCCACACGGUGUUCAGGGCAGACUACACGGCUGUAGAAGACCUCUUCUCCAGAAAGAGAAAGACAAGAGAGUUGAAAGGGGAGUAUGAGAAGAUACACACAGCCUUUGCAAAAGCGUUUUGGAGGAUGGACAGGCUGUUACGUCUCGGGAGGAAAGAAGCCUCCAGGGUUCGAUGGAGUGGCUGUUCUGCGGUGACCUGUCUGUUGGAAGGCAACGUUAAAAAUCCCUAUGCUGAGAGGAGUUGGAGAAGGAUGGGCGGCCGUGACGGUUUGGCAGACAGGUUCCCUUUCCAGGAGAUGCCACAAGUCAUUUCUGGAGUACUACACAUUGCAAACACGGGUAACGUGCAAGCAAUCUUAUGCAGAAAUGGAAAAGGCUUUUGCCUAACCAAAGAACACACCAUGCAAAACAUAAAUGAAAGAAGAAGAGUACUUCAGAACGGAGCAGUAAGUAGCUCAAAUGAACCGUAUGGGCUUGUAGAAGAGCAAAUAAAAACCACACGAGGACUUGGGUUUCAUGGAAAUCCCAAACUGAAAAAAUUCAUUAUCCCAGCACCUCAAACUAUUUCUGUCCCUAUCGAUGACUUAUGUCAAUUCCUUAUCUUAGCUACCAAUGGGCUCUGGGAAGUUCUGGAUAUAAAGGAAGCCACUGCACUGACAAUGACAGCAUUUCACGUGUAUACAGAAACACGUUCUACCACAGGAAACAAACUGUCAACAUCCACGGGGCCCCUGCUUUCCCCAAUCAACGAACGAAACGCAUCUAAAUCAGAAACCAAUAUCCACAUAGUAUUUCAGAGCAAAUCUGAAUUUGAAGAAUGUGUGUCAGCUACAAAUUCAAAAGAAAGGUCGGACUCAAAAGAUUCUGAACACUUCACUUGUAACCCUGGUCCCUGCAGUAAGAAAGAAACUGAUGAACCAACCAGCAUGGACAGUGUGCCAAAAGAUGCAAGUGACAAAGAAAAAAAAUCUUACCUUAAGAGUUUCUAUGAAGGAGCUGCUGAGUACAUUAGCCAUGAACUUGUGAACGCUGCUUUAGCGGCUGGCUCCAGAGACAACAUUACAGUUAUGGUAAUACUGCUCAGCGGAAGUGAGUAUCAGUUUCAAAUGUAAAAGUUAAAGUUUAGAUUAUCCAGAGAACAGAAACAUGAAGACAGUUCUUCAGUGAACCAGAUAUUAAGACAACACAUCAAUAUCACGCAAAUCAUUUUAAAGAAUGUAGUGAAGAAAAUACAAAAGCAUAUUCUAGGUGAUGCGAUACCAUUUAUGUAUGUGCAUUGUUUCAUGCCAAAAAAGAGAGAAAAACCAGCACUUGCUUUUCAUACCACUUUAUUCCAACCUGAGCACCUCAAUAUAAAACUAAACACUGGUGAACUGUUGUCCUUGCUAACUCUGAAUGACUGUAAAUGGACAAGUUCGCCUAGCAGUUCAACACUUAAAUAGAUUAAAUCAUCUCCAACACAUGGUAGAUUUCAUGUAACGAAAAUACCUAAAACAAUUAGUGCAAUAUACUGAACUGAUCAAAAUAAAAUGAACUUUGGAAAA